GACGCAUUCCACACGCGACUCUCAAUGUGCAAUGUCUUGUGUAUACAUGAUGCUAGUACGUUGCAUGUUAAGAGGGUCGAACAGCUAACCACCGCGUCUUAAAUUAAAAGUACAUUAAUUCUCCAGGCAGUAGACAUGGUAGACUUUUAUCAGGCAAUAGUUCACCCCACUACGAAGUUUCAAUGAAGUAAACGAGGCAGUAACGCAGAUGUUCAGACUGUGCAUUACUCUACUAAAGAAGCCGCCAGAAGUGGAAGCAAUUACAAGGACAGCUGAGUAAGCUAUGGAAAUCUUAUAGAGGUGUGAGUGAGCCCACAAAUACAUCAGCAUCCAACACGAGUAUUCACCUUUCCAUUUCAAGUCUACUGUGGUUCAGCUGGUAACAGCUGACCUGUAGUAUCAAGUGAAUCUAAAUCUGAAACAGUCAUUAGAGACAGUGGACCAUGGCCUAGACAAAUACAAUCCUGUUUCAGCACUGUUGCAUAUGAGCUAUCUGACUCAGACCUUCCAGCAGCUGAAAGGAUACCCAUAACUCCAUGCUCUCAUGUGACCCUCCAUCGUUCAAUCCACUCAAUCUCUCCCAGAUGCACCGAACACAGAGCCACCGAAGCAAAGCAAAAUACCUCAAGAGAAAAAAGGGAUUCCUGUCUUCAGUCAAAGGAGUUUCUCAUCUCUCCAGGCGAACCAAGAGACGCUUAUGUUGUAAAUUACAGCUUUGGAUGUGGAGGAAGCGGAGGGAGAAGUGCCAUUUUGGUUUAUUCAGAGCAAAGAAAAGAGCUUGUGGGAUCAGCCCCGGCCCCUGCCUCCGUGUAAAGACACAAUCACUGAAAAAUGAAAGCAAAGUCCCAAUUUAUCACACAACAACCCUUGAAAAUUCAGUCAUUACAUCAGCUCUUGUGUCACCUCUCGGAUGUGAUACUGGAGGUUCCGAGGACACUCUCAGAGGGCAGAAUUGCCUGCUGAAGCUGUGUGAAUCUGUCAGUCUGUCAGAAACGUUCACUGCUUCCAGUUCCUCGCAGAACCUGGUUACGGACUCGAAUGUUUCUGCGGGUAUCAUCAGUCAAAUCAUGCCAACAGCGAUGGUGCCGUCUCAGAAAACAGAAACUUUGAUACAACUCAGUGAAACUACCAACCCUUUAAAACUUCCUCGCGCUGUCAAAGACCUGUUGAGUACAGACAGGGAUAAAUGUGGGUUAACUACACAUUUUAAAGAACCAAGGACAAUGGUACCAGCUCAAAGGCUUGAGGUUGACGGCCCCUCGGGACAAUUCACUGCUGCCAGUCCAGGUCAGGACCAGGCUACAAACACAGACACUGAUGAGAGAAUCACCAGUAAAAAGGCUGUGUCUUCUCAAACUGAUGUCAGCCUACUGACAAAGGACAUCCAUGAGUUUCUUGAUGACUUCUACAGAAUCUAUGGAAGUUUCAUCCCAUUACAAAAGAGAGACGUGUCGAGACAUCUGGAGAGGAAGUUUAACACUGAUUUCAGCGACAGGAAACAUGCCAUCUUCUCGGAAGUUGCCAAAUACCGAACUGCAGUCGCUCAGAAGCCUGUUCCCUCCUUCCAGGUGGUCUACAAGAAACACACACUGACACUGGAUGACUUGUCCACACUGGCAGAUCAGAACUGGCUCAACGACCAGGUCAUGAACAUGUAUGGAGAAUUGAUUAUGGAAUCUGCCCAUCACAAGGUGCAUUUCCUCAACAGCUUCUUCCACAGGCAGCUCAUGACUAAAGGAUAUGAUGGUGUUAAGAGAUGGACAAAGCAGGUGGAUUUGUUUUCUAAAUGUUUGCUUGUGGUGCCCAUCCACCUGGAGGUUCACUGGUGUCUGGUGACAGCUGACAUUGUCAAAAAGAAGAUCUGCCUUUACGACUCUCAAGGGAAUGCACUCCAAAAGGUUGCAAGGAACAUCCUGAAAUACUUGAUGUCGGAAGCAAAGGAGAAGAAGCAAACAGAUUUUGAAAGUGGUUGGGCGGUGUCAUUCGAUGAGAUAAUCCCACAACAGAGCAAUGAAAAUGACUGUGGAGUUUUUGUCUUGGAGUACUCUAGAUGCCUUGCUCUGGCAAAACCUCUGCAGUUUUCACAGAAGGACAUACCAAAGAUACGCAAGAGGAUCUACAAAGAGCUCUGUGACUGUAAGCUCCAUGAAGAGGGCUGAAGGCUAUUCUAUGUAUGUAUGUAUGUAUGUAUGUAUGUAUGUAUGUAUGUAUUGCCAAUAGGGGUGGGCGAUAUGGCCAAGAUCUUCUAUCAGGGUAUAUAUCAUUUUAUAUCACAGUAACGGUAUAGAUCACGAUACAGCAAUUGUUCUAUUAAGUUGAGUUAAAAAGAAAAGAUUUAAAACAGCAAAACUAAAAUUCUUUCAAAAUGGAACCUUUAAGGUGUUACAGGUUUUAACCCCCCCCUCUCCUCUGUAUUUAUAACUUCUCUCUCCUCCAUGUCUGCCCAAAUCCCGUUACCUUGCGAUGCAGCUGGAUUAGCAAGAGAAUAGCUUCCAGGGUGAAAAAGGUACUGCCAAAUCUCUACCGGUGGACCCAUUUCUACUGAUACACGGUAUAUAUCGCCCAACCCUAUUGCUGAUAAUAUGUUCUGCUUCUGAUUAGGGUAGUCCACACUUGUCUCUGGGCUUCGUUAGCAGCUCCACAACAGCCUUACAGCACUGUUGAGUGCAUACUCUAUGGCUGACCCCAGUAGGAGUGUCUUAAAUCAGGUGCACUUUUCAUGCUAAAUCAUAAUCCUUUUAUGAUUACUGUAUUUAUAUGAUCUAUAUGUAAUCAGGCAUGUUAUUUAAGAAAAAGAUCUUUAUAUUCCUGUUAGACCUCGACUUGGAGUUUACACAUCUACAGUGGACCUACAGAGCCUUACCGGAUGGAAUGCCUGUCAACAUAUAUCUAAUCUCAGUCCUCGACUGUUUUUUAGGUGUUACUUAGUUUUUAAUUGAA